CACUAUUGUCGUCGGGUCAAGAUUAUCCAGCUCCUUCAUAUAUCUGCUUGAACGUCAUGCGUGCUUGUCUAAACUGCCAAAGGAGAAAAACCAGGUGCCUGCGAAGCAACACCGAGAACGGGCCAUGUUCGUAUUGCCUGAGGGCGGGGAAAUCGUGUAGCUUCGACACGCCUCCCGACAGAACACCGUUAACAAGAAGGAACCUGGAUGCUGCUGAGCGACGGUGCGCGCAGCUCCAGUCACUCUUACAGUCGCUUCACCGGGACAUAGACAUCGAGUCGGUACUGAAGCAGCAUGCUGGCUUGGCGUCAUGUGCGGCGACCGCUCAAGAGGCCGAAGAUGGCGACCAGGAUGCAUCCCCGCCCAAUCGAUAUGAGUGGCAUGAGGGGUCUUUGUCUCCAGGGUUUGACUCUCCAGAACAUGGACUUUCGGUUGCUACCGAUGGCAUGGCUGUGCUAGCAACAAGUGAUGCCGGCUAUUUAGGGAGCAGCUCUGGCUCGCAGCUGCUUGAGGAGAUCGGUACAGCAGUGUCACGGGGAAUCAACAAGGUACAAUCCAGCGUACAACACGGACGCAGUCGGCCUACACCAUCAGUUGAGCUUCUGCCACCCGAAAUAUCGGACCUGUCACUGUCUCAUGCCGCGAACUGUCUUGUCGACGCCUACUUCAAUCUUUAUAACACUUGCUACCCAAUCAUACACGAAAAGACCUUUAGGGAUCGGCUUGCCGCUGUUCAACGGCAGGCACCGGCACGGUCGCCGUGGCGAGUGUUGUACUACAUGGUCCUCAGCAUCGGGCACUGGCUUACACAUAGCGAGACCGAGCACUCUAACACACAUUACUAUGCGGCUGCAAGGGCCAAUCUGUCCAUUCAAAUGCUCGAGUCCGGAACCUUCGAGACUUUGCAAGCUUUUCUACUGAUCGGGAACUACCUGCAGAAGAGAGAUCACACAAACACGGGUUAUAACUUCAUUGGACUGGCAUGCAGAAUGGCCCUGGAGCUGGGUCUGCACCGAGAACUCCCAGGACAGGAUGGUGCCAUUGGUCAUGAGCGGCGACGUCAACUAUUCUGGGCGACAUAUUGCUUCGAGAGCGGGUUCAACAUUACCACGGGUCGACCCCCAACAAUGCUCGGUGAUUUCGUCGAUACUCAGUUUCCGCGCAACAUCGAUGACAAGGGACUUCUACCGAGCGCAACAGCGCCUUCAGCCGCCUCCUACCCCACGACGUACUCUGCUAUCAUCGCCCAAGCACAGCUAGCAAGAAUCGCUGACGCAAUCUACGCCGAGUUUCUUGCGGCUAAAUCAGCGGGUGCCAAGAUUGAGUAUCGAUCAGCCGAGGCUAGGGAGAGAGAUCUCAACGUCUGGCGCCAUAAUCUUCCAAAGUACUUCGUCGCGGCGGACGUGCCCCCUUGGUUCAGGGCACCCCGCGCUGUUGUCCUCUGGAAGGAGCAAAACCUUCGCAUCUUGCUUUGGCGAGGGGCUCAGAAGUAUCACAGCUUCCUCCCCACAUCGGAGAACGCAGAAGAGAAGUGUCUCCAUGUUGCGAUGCAGACGAUCCAUGAUGUUGCUGAGUUUUGUACGACUUAUGAGUCUGCACUGCAUCAAGGCGUCGCUUGGUACGCGACAUAUUUCCUGUUUCAGGCGGCUCUCGUGCUUUUGGCGAGCAGUCUUGUCAACCAUGGUCAGGCCGAUGCAUCAUCGCAGCGCACAGAACUGCCAUGGGGACAUGAAUACUCGGUGACCAAGGCGCAAACCUGUUUGCGGAAACUUGCCGCGAUAAGUAGGUCAGCAAGCCGCUGCCUGGAAUCUCUCAACGAUAUCAAGAGUCGACUUCCGAUCCCUGCUUCGACUGGCCUGGUAGUAGACGGCGUUCGUGACAGCGUCCUGGUUCCGGGAGCCAAUGCGUCGAUGGUCCUUGAGAGCAACACCGGACAGCCACAACCGUCUUAUGAGUGCUCAGAGAGCGAGAAUGGCCUCGCGUUCCAUGAUGGAGGCCAGGUGUCCGUUAGCGAGCAGGGCGGAGAUCUGCAGAUGCGGAUGCUCAAGAACCAAAUGUCUCAAGAUUUUAUGGAUAUGCCUCUAGACUUUUUACUCAAUGACUGGGGUGAGUGAAAUUGCCAUAUACGAAACAUUGAGGCUUUAGUACACACUAGUAAUACUCUGCUGGGAAGCUGUCCCCGUACCAUACUAAAAACUUCGGGCCUAACCUACCUAUACUCGGACUCCCUCGAUCAAAUUUUUGAUGCCCUCCCCCUUUCUGGUCCUCUCCCAUGCCUCCGGCGCGUUCUCAAAUGGAACGAUACUGCUUAUCAUUGCUUUGACGGAAACCGUGCCGGAGGCCAGGAGCUCGAGUGCGAGAUCAUAAUCCCCAGGGCCAUAUCUGAAAGCCGUCUUCAGCACCAUUUCUUUCUCGCACAUGGCACCCAUCGGCAAGGACUGGUUGAACUUUCCCAU